AAAGAAGAGCUGAAUGCACAAAAACCCCUUGGAUGUGAAAAAGGGCGAAGCAGAGUUGGAAAAAAAGAAAAAAAAGAAAAAUUGCAUUUGGGUCGAAGGAGAGACCUCUUACCCCGCCGCGGCGCUACCAUGGCGGAAGAUAACGGGGAAGAAGAAGAGGGGAGGCGAUCUCUUUGUCUCCUUCCUUUCUCCUUCUCCUUCUUCCUCCUCCUCCUCCUCCUCCUCCUCCUCCUCCUCCCUCUCCCUGUUAGGGCUCAAACCCCAUCAUGCACUGCAGGUUGGAGAAUCAAUCCCGAUAUGAGCAAGUGCUUCAUGUACAUAGGAAGUUCGCUUUCAUGGGACAGGGCUGAAGCACUCUGUCAGGAUAUGAAUGGCCACUUGGCGGCACUGACGUCAACUCAGGAGUUAAAUUUUGCUCAGUCGCUGUGCGCCUCUGCUAGCAUAGCAGGAGGCUGCUGGGUUGGAGGACGUGGCUACAACUCUACUGCUCUUGGUGUUGGCUGGAAAUGGUCGGACGACGCUUCCCACUGGAACAAGUCGGUUUUUCCUGGGGAGUCAUUGCGUGUGAACUGUUCUACUAGUACUUCAUGCAGAGCGAACAUAAAUGAUUCGUGUACUUUGGUAUCAAAUGCUCGUGUCGCUCUUGUUGGUGAGAGAUGCAAUACUUCCCAUGGUCUUAUCUGCAUGAAAAAUCAAGAAAACAAAUGCUACCACAAGCACUGCCACAAGGAGUAUUUCAUCGUUCUAGCAGUUGUGAGCGGGUUGAUUCUGUCCACUACUCUGGCUGUUGUGAUAUGGCUCCUCGUGUACAGGCGGAGCAAGAAACGCAAGAGAUCGCGCAAGGUAUCCAGCCCUUCGGCAGUUGCAUUAGUUCCUCCCUCAUGGAAAGUUUUCACAACUGAAGAGCUAAGGUCAAUUACGAAGAACUUUAGUGAAGCAAACCGACUUAUUGGAGAUGCCAAGACAGGUGGAACAUAUAGCGGGCUCUUGCCAGAUGGAUCGAGAGUCGCAAUUAAGAGAUUGAAGAGAUCAAGCCUGCAGAGGAAAAAAGAGUUCUAUUCUGAGAUUGGAAGAGUGGCAAGGCUUCAUCAUCCUAAUCUGGUGGCCGUGAAAGGUUGCUGUUAUGAUCAUGGUGACCGGUAUAUCGUUUAUGAGUUUGUUGCUAAUGGACCUUUGGAUAGAUGGCUACACCACAUACCAAGAGGUGGUCGGAGCUUGGAUUGGGCGAUGAGAAUGAGAGUUGCUACAACUCUUGCACAAGGAAUUGCCUUCCUGCAUGACAAGGUGAAGCCACAAGUAGUACACCGGGAUAUACGUGCUAGCAACGUUCUUCUUGAUGAAGAGUUUGGGUCGCAUUUGAUGGGGGUGGGCCUGUCCAAGUUUGUACCGUGGGAAGUGAUGCACGAAAGGACCGUCAUGGCUGGGACUUACGGAUAUCUUGCUCCGGAGUUCAUAUACAGGAACGAACUGACGACAAAGAGUGAUGUCUAUAGCUUUGGGGUGCUGCUUUUGGAAAUCAUCAGCGGCCGUCGACCGGCACAAGCUGUUGAAUCUGUUGGUUGGCAGACCAUAUUUGAAUGGGCGACACCUCUGGCGCAGUCUCAUAGAUAUCUGGAGCUUCUUGAUCCACUUAUUCAGGAUGUGCCGGAGGUAGGGGUGGUGCAGAAGGCGGUGGACCUGGUAUACGCCUGCACCCAGCACGUCCCCUCGGUGAGGCCCAGGAUGUCGCAUGUCGUUCAUCAGCUACAGCAGUUGGGACUAAAGGCUGCUGCCGCAUCCGAGCAGCAGCCAAUAGGUAGUGGAGCAAGCACUAGUGCUUGUACCUCUCCUAUGUUGCCGUUCCAGGUUGAGACUCCCCGUUAAAUUAUUAGCUUCUAGUGUGAAGGGCUGCUUCUUGGUGAAAAACAUUGCUAACAACAUGCACGAUUAGGGCGUAUGGGGGUCUUUUAUUAGGCAACUUUGAAAGAGUGAAUCCUUCCUGUUAAUACCAUUUACGGAUCCCCUUUAUAUUUCGAUCUAUGUAUGACUUAAAAAUUUAUAUUAGACGCCAUAUUAUUUAUGACCUGUUUCCUAGUA